CGUGUUGAUCUCAGUGGGACAUCAAUUCGCGCACCGAACACUUCCGUUCCUUUAUAUAUAUGUACAGUCAAUUUCGAGUGCAUUGUAACAUGAUACAGAUUUAGAUAUAUCUAUACGUAUAACAAUAAGUGAAUAAAAAACGUCUGCUAUAUAUUUAAAAUGUAGAGCUGUCAACCCGCCGGAGGAAAAUGAAAGAGGGCGGUAGCGAGGAGGUGCCAACCAACGCGGCUGAUGAGCCCAGCAUGAAGACCGAACAUACUUGCUGUUGUCUAGGCGUGUUGGUGGGCGUCUCUCUCAUCGCCGCCCUCGUAGCAGUCAUACUAAUGAAAGACACUACAGUUGAAGUUACAGUACUACGACAAGUUCACGUGUUAAUGUCGCACGGGGAGCGCACGCCCAGCGAACGUGAAUUGGAGAUGCUGGGGGCGCCUCCAUCGGAACACGUUUUUGUACCUUACGGUGCAGGAGCAUUGACUAAUGAAGGGAAGCUCUUGACGUACGAGAUGGGCGCAUUACUUAGAAAAAGAUAUAACGAUUUCUUAGGACCGUAUUACGAAGCUGAAAAAAGCAUUGUGAUAGCAUCAGAUACGAAUUUGAGCAAGAUGACGGCGUUGCUGAUAGCGGCUGGUUUAUGGCCGCCGAUUUUAAAUCAAAUGUGGAACGAUUCCAUAAGUUGGCAGCCCGUUCCUUACACCUAUCCACCUAGAAGUGAAGACUACCUUUUAUACGAAGAAAACUGCCCGCGUUACAAUCAAGAGAAACAAAGACUAUUGAAAGUGUACAUCAAUGAAGGACUGCUUGUACCGUAUCGGGAUUUCUUUCACAAAAUCGCACACAUGACAAACACUAACUUCAGCACACCACAGGACGCGUACAAUUUAAACAACUUGUUCGUGAUACAGGACGAUAUUAAAGUUGCGAAUCCAAAAUGGGCCAAGCAUGUCAAGAGAAAAUUGAUGGACGUCGCUCGAUUGGAAUACUCAAUGAUGUUUCACAAUAACCUUCUAAGAAAACUCAGCGGAGGUGCUCUACUGCAGCAAAUAAUAACCGAAGCUAUAUGGAACACGAGAGAUGUCGAUAGUCCAAAGGUGUUGGUUCGUAUCGGCACACCCGUGUCGGUGGCGGCGCUGCUGUCGGCGUGUGUGGCGCCCCCGCCGCGUCUACCGGACCCGGGGGCAGCGUUGCUGUUUGAGUUACACGAAAAACAACCUUCCGCAAAAGGGAAGAAGGAUAAAAAUGACUUGACGCACGGUCAGCGAUUUGGAUUUAAGAUAUACUACUGGGAUGACGAUUCAGCGGAGCCUCGACUAAUGGAAGUUCCCGGUUGUAACGCAUUCUGCCCUUUGGAUACUUUCUCUAAGAUAACAAAAAGCAUUGUGUCCCACGACUAUAAGAAAGACUGUGAACUUACUAGUGCAUAGUCGACAAGAGAAAAACUGAAUACAAUAUAGGAUGAUGCACGGCUUGAUUAAAAUUUAAUAUUAAGUCAGAAAUAAAGAGCUUGUAAAACAAUACUAACUCCUUUAUAACAUGUUAUAUUAACGGUCUAAAGCCUAUGAACCUGUAGAUUAAUGAAUGGUUUCACUUACCCUCGUCUAUCUUAAGGCCGAUUUCAUCUUUAGGUAUGUUCAAGGACAAGUCCGCGAAAGCCUCGGAGCCCCAAGUUUGAGUUCCUCGCAGUUUGAGAUAUUCCGCUAUCAAAGCAGCUAUGUGAAGUUGGCAACACAUGGCCUGACGGACAAAAUUGCGAUUACUAUAAUUGUGACAGUUCUUUAGAGUUAUUAUAAUCUAUUCGAGUACGAUUUUUUACAGUUUAAGAAUACUAUAUAUGAAUCAUUCCAUUACAUAUGUCAGAAGAAAAA